AUGCCCACUGUGGAGGGUGGCAACAUCCGGGGUCCCUGGGUCCGAGGCUGGAAGAGCCUCUGGUCAGGUGUGGGGACUACCAGGUCAGGUGUGGAAGAGCUGUGGGGACUACGGGCGCAUCAGUGCCUACACCAGGAGCCCCUGGAGCCGGCCCCGUUGCUAAUAGAGAAACCUCUGUCUGAGUGGCCAGUGCCUCAGUUCGUCAACCUUUUUCUGCCGGAGUUUCCCAUUAGGCCCCUUAAGGGGCAUCACCAGCUGAAGAUUUUAGGCCUUGUGGCUAAAGGCUCCUUCGGAACGGUCCUCAAGGUGAUAGACUGUGGCCAGAAAGCAGUAUUUGCAGUGAAGGUGGUGCCCAAAGUAAAGGUCCUACAGAGGGACAUCCUGAGGCAGUGCAAAGAGGAGGUUAGCAUCCAGCGACAGAUCAACCAUCCUUUUGUACACGGUUUGGGGGACAGCUGGCAGGGAAAACGGCACCUCUUCAUUAUGUGCAGCUACUGCAGUACAGAUCUUCACUCCCUGUGGUCCUCUGUUGGCUGCUUUGCUGAGGCCUCCAUCCGCCUCUUUGCUGCUGAACUGGUUCUGGUGCUGUGCUAUCUCCAUGAUUUGGGCAUCAUCCAUCGAGAUGUGAAGAUGGAGAAUAUCCUUCUGGAUGAACGAGGCCAUCUGAAACUGACAGACUUUGGUCUGUCCCGCCACCUGCCCCAGGGAACCCGAGCCUAUACUAUCUGUGGCACUCUUCAAUACAUGGCCCCAGAGGUCCUGAGUGGAGGGCCUUACAACCAUGCUGCUGAUUGGUGGUCCCUGGGUGUCUUGCUUUUCUCUCUGGCAACUGGGAAGUUCCCAGUGGCUGCAGAGAGAGAUCAUGUGGCCAUGUUGGCAAGUGUGACCCACUAUGAUUUUGAGAUCCCAGCUUCUCUUAACCAGGGGCUCUCACUCCUGCUCCAUGAGCUCUUAUGCCAGAAUCCCCUCCAUCGUCUGCGUUACUUGCAUCACUUCCAGGUCCACCCUUUCUUUCGGGGUGUGGCCUUUGACCCAGAGCUCCUACGGAAGCAGCCAGUGAACUUUGUCAUGGAGACACGAGCUACCCAGCCCAGUCCAUCGGAGUCCACGCUUUUCAAGGAUUUUGACUGUAACCUGGAGUCCUACCUGGUCCAUCCCAGCCUUGCUUGA